AUGUCGGACAUACUUAGCCUACAAAAGUCUGUCCUUUCCUACUUAAACACCAACGGCGGCCUCAGGAAACUCGUCCACGACUGCCAGUCAUUUGACGACCACCAGCAUAACGAGGCCGUGUACCGCUUUUGCAUUAAUGUCAACCCCUCUGAUGUGGUUGAGUUGGACCCUGAAUUGGGUGACUGCAUUUUGCACGACCCCGAGCGAGCUGCCUCUCUGUUUCAGUCCGUUUGCUUCGCAGCCAUAAAGACGCUGUCACUUGUGGACAAAAUAGACACAGAGUGCCAGGUUCACGUCCUUUUGAAGCUGACGCACCUGCCCCCAUUCCCCGAGUACACCUUGGACCUGGCCAGUUUUCCUCGCAUGCGUCGCAGCAUGAGGCCUGUUGUCAUGGAAGGCCUCGUCAUAGCUACUACAAGGGUCACCAAAUACACUCGGGGGGCCAGGUUCCUUUGCAGUAAUGACCGUUGCCCAUUCUCUAAGGGAUUCCACACCAUCCGAGUUCACGUGCCUGGAGCCACGGAAUCGGUGAUGGUGAGAAAGGAUUUUAUCUGCAACGCCUGCACCUCCCCUCUCAAAGAGGACGUCAAGUUCAGAGUGUUGGGGGACAAGCAGCUUGUGGAAUUGAUCCACGGCGACGCACUCAAUGCUCUUCGGUCCCAUCAACAGAAUUCGCUCAGAUACCAGUCAGUCACACUGUUCCUCAGAGAUGAGCUUUGUAACGUGAUGAGCAUCGGUCAGCACUACAGAGUGAUCGGCAUACCUGCGCAUGUUCACCGGGUGCCCAACAUCACUUGGAGUGUCGAGGCCAGCAGCAUCCAACCGUGGGAGCUGGAGUAUCCACAUGAAAUCAACGUUAAAUUGAAGGAGCUACUUCAUGCCACCAGAGAUUCCCCUUGGAGGUUCUCAGCUGUGAUCACUCAGUCCUUCGGUCUGGACGUGGUUCCUCCGGGUCUUUUCAACACCUUGAAGCUUUGCUUGUUACUCAGCAUGGUGCAUACUGAAGCAACUGAAAAAAACACAAUAUUCAACUUGGAUCUCUUGGUUACGACAGAUGACAAACUCAUAUUAGACAGGUUAAUGGCAUAUGCCUUAAACUUCACACGUCGCGGGGUGCGACAUCCAGCUUCGGGGAAGUUGUUUGCGUCCCUAUCCCAGGACGAGCAUGGGGUGGGCACCGCCAACAUCCACGCCGGCUCAGUCUUGCUUGCCAGCGGCGGAGUUUGCAUGCUGGGAGAUCUGAGUGGCUUCAAAAAGGAUAAACUGGAUGCUAUUCAGUCAGCUUUGGACAGCCGCACUGUGUCCAUAUUCAUGCCUGGGAAGAAGUAUGGCGAAGAUGUAGACGAGCAGCUGUCCUUCCCUGUCUUGUGCAGCUUCUGGGCCCUCACAGACUCAACGCGCGCUCCUCGAAGAUCCAACAGGGAGUUUGACAUUGCAUUGGGAGCAGCGGAACUGGGGUCUAUACCACCUCAGUUGGCAGACAGCUUUGGACUAGUGGUUCGAUGUGUCGAUCACACAGGGAACCAGGCUGCCCUUGCACAGUCUGUGCAUACCCUUCAGCAGGCAAUACAACCCGGGGAACACCUUUACCCAUCCUCGCUGGACAUCGGCAGUGAAGACUACGAGGAGUUGGUGGCAUAUGCACAAAACCUUCAAGUAGAUUUAAGUGCCAGCGCACAGAUGAUAAUACAUGGGUAUUACAUGGCCAGCCGUGCAGUCCGCUCACAAAGCCAUAGCAGCAAGAUGUCUGCAGCUUCCAUCAAAUUGCUGAUCUCUUUAGCAGAGGCCCAUUGCAAAUUAAGCCUGAGACGGCAAAUUCUUGAGGAAGAUGCAGUGAUUGCAGUGCUCCUUUGUGAGAACUCUGUCACUCUCAAGCAUGGGACUGCCGUGCUCGUUAUCCCACCCGACGCUGUGUUUCCUGGCGAGCUGGCAGAUGCAGACAGCCUGCUUCGGAGGGACAGAGCCCUGGAGCAACUCCACCAGGACAUCCUACGCUUCAUACUCGCCUACGCGCCACAAGCAGACGUGUAUGUCACAGAGGAGUAG